AGCAAUUUCUACUUCACUUAUAUCAAGACUACGUGAGAUGUAUUUCAGUCUAAACAGCUUGCAAAGCUGGCAACAUCUUAGGCUGCGAACAGGUGUCUAACUUCUGUUUCGUUAACAAACCGGUACACUUAAGCAGUAAAAUCAGAGAAACGCCCACGUGAGCACCGGAAGAUCACACUGCCGCUAUACAGAGUCCAACACUGAAUCCCAAGUGCUGACAAACAAAAAAUGUUAACAGCGUGGUUAGAUAUCACCGGUAAUUCAUUAGGCCUGGUGACACUUCGUCAAAACAAAACCCAAGUUACACCAAAGCUGCAGUACGAAGGUGCAGGGCCCAGCACUUAUUGUACCAUAAAACUCGAGCUUGUCCCGACGACACUCUUGUGGUGUGAAUCCACUUGGGAAAGUCAUGUGACCCUGCUCACGUGGCAACAGCUUCUGCAAAUUGCUGCGCUUUCUGCAUCCUGUCGUCUCUGGCACUGGAAACCCACAUUUGUGCACGUUGCUACAUUAUUUUAUUGCCUGCACUUGGCAUUACUUCCAGUUCACUUCCCUGCCUCUUUCAAAAUCCAUUUUGCGCAAGAUGCAUCCAGUUAUGGUCUGCAUUCCGUCCUUCCGAUCCGAAGACACUGGCUUGGAAAAGGGUUAUACGGUUUUCAAAAUUGAUGUCCUUGUGAAUGGCAGACAGCAUUCUGUUGAGAAGCGAUACAGCGAGUUUCAUGCCCUGCAUAAAAAGCUCAAGAAGUGCAUAAAAACUCCUGAGAUGCCUUCAAAGCAUGUGAGAAACUGGGUUCCCAAAGUGCUAGAGCAACGAAGGUUAGGCCUGGAAAUAUACUUGCAGACCAUCAUCUUUGAAAAUGAAGUCCUGCCAAAGAUAUUUCUUGAUUUCCUAAAUAUUCGUCAUUUUCCUUCACUGCCCAAAACUGAGAGUUGUGGAUCCUUUGAUGGCACUGAAUCUGAAGAAUCAAGUAAACUGUCCCACCAGCCAGCGCUUCUGUUCCUGAGGGAUCCAUAUGUCUUGCCAGCAGCCGAUGAUACCUUCUCCAACGUUGUUAUUGAUGGUGUAAUUCAUGGAAUAUUUUAUCCAGACCUUCAACCAAGGUAGACAUGAAAGAAAUAUGGAAUCAAUGGGCUAGAGGAAAUGAAAAGUGGUGGUAAACUUAAAUAAGAAAUGUAAAGCUAAGGAAUUGAUAACCAGCACGUGUGGCCUGCAUAGCUGUACCACAUAUAUAUAACGUUAAAAUGGAAGAAGGAAAAGACACACAAACCAACCGUUACUGGCUGCUUGUACGCAUAUCUGUGUGUGUGUGUGUGUGUGUGUGUGUGCGCGUGUGUGUGUAUGUGUGUUUUUAUUAGAAACGUUUAUCUGCCUUUGUUAGUGUAUAUUAGGUUGAAUAAUUAAUUACCUAACUAGGAACGAUGCUGCUAAACAGAGUGAAAGGCUCUGCCAACAGUAUUUUUAGAGUAAUAAGAGCACAAUGGCAAAGGAUGACUGAAAAUUUUGUAAUUCACAAUAUGAACAAAUAUGAAUAUUACUACUGUCUUUUGAACUGACAAAAAUACAACAUCGCUACCUUGUAUAACUUUUUAAUAAUUAUUGCCUUUACAGUUAUUUAAUGUACUGUCUUUGUUCUAAUAAUGUUGCAUAUUAUUUUAAUACCAUAGCAAUUUCCAUUGUAUUUUCCUGAGACAUGUAUUUUAUUGAGACAAUUUGUUUUGCUAUCAUUAUUUUUACAUUAACAUAUUUAUUUAAGAAUAUUCCAAUAAAUACAAGUCUGUUAAUUAAUUUGAUUUUUAUUAAAAAAAAUCCAUACAAAGCACACUUAUACUUUUGUUGGCAGUUGUUUAAGAGGUUAUUUUUUUUAUUCAUUAUGUCUUUACUUUGAAAUAACCUAUAUGGGUAAAAGUAUUAUUUAAUAAUCACUGAUAUUAUUAAGACCGUAAACAAAUGCAUGCAUUGAUACUUUGUAUUUUUGAGGGAUUCUCACUGUCUUCCAUUUUUCAAUAAAAAACAAUAAACUAGUGUACAGUAUU